AUGUCCAAAAAAAACCCUUCAGAUUUAAGCAAUAAGAUCGAUCCUACAUUCAUAUCUGGCGUUCCAUUCGGUGUGGUUUAUGAUGGAUAUGGUGAUCCUCCCAUUGACAACGCUUUCAAACUAGUAAAUUUACCGUAUGAAAGGUUCAAAAAUCUUGGAAGAGUUGAGAAGUACGUUGAACAAAUGAAGUAUCUCUUUUGGGCUGCUGGUCAACCUCAACCAAAUAUUUCUACGAAUACCUGUAAUACAGAUGCUGACAUCGCUACCAUUGAGAAAGGUGUCAAAAAUACUAGUUUUAGAGAGAACACCUUGACCAGGUCGAAUAUAUCAACUGAUGUUACUGACGUUAUUGUAAUUGAGUCCGAUUCUGAUAUGGAGAUUUCAGCUGAGGAAACUAUUAAUAGUGACAAUAGUGGCAAUGGUUGGGUUGUCGACGUGACUGGAGAAAAUGAUAACAGAAAUAAAAUGCCACAAUUGUGA